GCACGGGCGGCGACGGGAGCCCUGCAGCUCCCUCUUCUGGGAAGCCGUUGGAGGGAGGCGGCCGCUGUGAGAGUAGGUAGCGGCGGCGGCGGCGGCAGUAGCCGUCGCCGCCGGGGGGUGGGGAGCCCGAGCCAGUGAGCCCCUCCUUGGGGUGGGGCUCGGCGGAGACUCGGGGCGGCCGGGGAGCUGGGCCCUGAGGGGAGCGUUGCCCGUACAAGACUCGCACGAUGGGGCCGAGAGCCCGGGCCCUGGCGCGGCCGGGGUGACCGCAGAGUCCCGCGGCAGCCAGGCUUCCAGCUCCCGUCGCCCCAGCAGCUUCCCCGCUGGAAGCCAGGGCCGCGAGGGCGAGGGCGAGGGCUCCCCCGGCCGGCGCCAGCAGCGUCGGAAGCAGCCUCGGCGUCGCAGGCGGUCCCGGAGGCAGCAAAGCGGGUGGUGGCCGUGGCGGCAGCAAAAGCAGCGGCGGGGACGGAGGCGGCGGCGGCGGCUGGAGGAGCAGCAGCCGGAACCGCGACAGCUGGAGCGGCGGCGGGGCAGCUCCCCCGGGCCCUCUUUGGGGCCCCCCGAGCAGGUGGCGCCCUGCGAGCAAUGCCCGAAGGCGGCGGAGCCCUCUCCCCCUGCCCCUCGCGCCCGCCGGGCCCGGCAGCGGCGGCCGCAGCGGCAGCGGCGUCGGUUUGGGGGCAUGGAGCUCGAGAACUUCUUGGCCAACUCGCUGCUGCUGAAAGCGCGCCAAGGAGGAUAUGGCAAAAAAAGUGGUCGUAGUAGAAAAUGGAGGGAAAUGCUGAAGCUGCCCCUUGUCAGCCAGUGCAGCGAGCUUCGACAUUCCAUUGAAAAGGAUUAUAACAGCCUUUGUGACAAGCAGCCAAUAGGAAGACUUCUCUUCAGGCAGUUCUGUGAUACAAGAAAUGAUCUAAAGAUCUACAUCAAGUUCCUAGAUGCAGUGGCAGAAUAUGAGGUGGCCGAUGACGAGGACCGCAGAAGUUGUGGACAGUCCAUCUUAGGCACAUUCUUCAGUGCCGCCGAGAAGUCGGCAGCCCCUUUACCAGAAGUACCUUCACGUGUUCUGAGAGAAUGUAGGCUGAGACUGAAGGAGAGCCCCUCCAAGGACAUCUUUGAGGAGUGCACCAGAAUUGUUCAUAACUAUUUAAGUGGAGGACCAUUUGAAGAAUACCAAGAAAGCCCCUAUUUUUCUCGAUUUCUGCAGUGGAAAUGGCUGGAAAGGCAACCGAUAACAAAGGACACAUUUAGACAUUACAGAGUUCUAGGAAAAGGCGGAUUUGGGGAGGUUUGUGCCUGUCAAGUGCGAGCCACAGGGAAAAUGUACGCCUGUAAAAAGCUGGCGAAGAAAAGAAUAAAGAGGAGGAAAGGUGAAGCAAUGGCUCUAAACGAGAAGAGGAUCCUGGAAAAAGUGAAUAGUAGAUUUGUAGUUAGUUUGGCUUACACUUAUGAGACCAAAGACUCCUUAUACUUGGUGCUGACCAUUAUGAAUGGAGGGGACUUGAAGUAUCACAUUUACAACCUGGGCAGGCCUGGCUUUGAUGAGCAGAGAGCUAUCUUCUAUGCGGCUGAACUGUGCUGUGGCUUGCAGGACUUGCAGAAGGAAAGAAUUGUGUACAGAGACUUAAAGCCUGAGAAUAUUCUCCUUGAUGACAUUGGGCACAUCCGGAUCUCAGACCUGGGGUUAGCGGUGGAGGUCCCGGAGGGCCGGACCAUCCGAGGAAGAGUGGGGACCAUCGGCUACAUGGCUCCUGAAGUCAUCAAUAAUGAAAACUAUGCAUUUAGUCCUGAUUGGUGGGGACUUGGCUGCCUGAUAUAUGAAAUGAUUCAGGGACAUUCUCCAUUCAGAAAGUUCAAAGAGAAGGUCAAGCGGGAGGAAGUGGAGCGCAGAGUGAAGAAGUACGCGGAGGAGUACUCCAGGAGGUUUUCCGAGGACGCCAAGUCCCUCUGCAGGAUGUUACUCACCAAGAACCCGAAACAGCGGCUGGGCUACAGGGGCGGAGCAGAAGAAGUGAAGGGACACCCCGUGUUCAAGGACAUUAACUUCAAGAGGCUGGAAGCAAAUAUGUUGGAACCCCCUUUCUGUCCUGAUCCGCGGGCAGUGUACUGUAAGGACGUUGUGGAAAUCAACCGGUUCUCCACGGUGCGGGGGGUCUACCUGGACAACACCGAUGGCACUUUCUACGGCCAGUUUGCCACAGGCUGUGUCUCCAUCCCCUGGCAGAACGAGAUGAUCGAAUCGGGUUGUUUUAAGGACAUCAACGAAAGUGACACUGAAGAAUAUGUGGCAUUAGGUCUCGGAGAGAAGCUGCACCGUCCGGUUCCCAAGCCGAAGAGAGGCUUCUUCUACAGACUGCUCAGGAGAGGGGGCUGCGUUAGCGGUGUCCCCAGCGACGACGAGGAGCUGUGACCACGCAGAGCCGCCGCGCCCAGGAGCUCGCGCUCGGUGUUUGACCCCAUCUGUGAACGGCAGUAAACGUGUGACGCCUCGCGAAGCGAGCCUCCCGA